UUUUUUUGCGCUUUGGCUGCCCGGCUUAUCGCGCUGCUAUCGCCACCAUCCCGGCCCUCCGCGACUCCGCGCCGCCUCCCUUCGGUUUUGGACGGGCUCGAGCCUUUUACAUCGAACAGUUACACCACUGUCCUGUUGGCUCUUCUGUCUCUCUGACCGACUUGCUGAGGCUGUUUCGUCUACGUCUUCCAUCCACCUAAACUACUACUACUACUAUUACAGUCUCGACCGCGGGCAGAAGGAAAACCUGAAUAUCAACCGCCUCAUGCCAAACUAUAUCACCUUUUUGAUCUGGUAGUCGUCUCCGAUGCUGCUGCUAAGAUGACUGCUGUGCUUCUGGCUCCUGGCCGGUCGCCGGGGGACGUUCGAUAUUGUCACACGGAUCUACGCCAUGCCAGUGCGGAGGACCUGCUAGAUGUCCAGGAUGCCUUUCUUUCUUCGUCUCCUCGCGACUACACUGGCUAUCCUGAGAUAUCGCGGUCGCCAUCCGUCUCAUCCUAUGCUCACUCUGCGUCUACCUCUUCGACCUUUGCCACAUGCUCUCCUUCAGUGACACCAAACUCGUCCCUCAGCCCCAACGACAACAGUGUCGAUGAUGACAUUGCGUUUCCGUCCUACGAUGAAGACUGUUCAUUCGAAACCACCGUUCGGACCAACCAACAAACAGGUGUAGAGUCAGCGAAUCCCUCUCUGGAGGCUCAUUGCGGGACCUCCACCCCAGACUCUCUACUGCCAACCGGCAAGGCCGCCAAUGACGAUAUAGCGAUAGAAGAUGAACCCUCGAGGCAUGUGGAUUAUCUCUCGCAUGAUUGGCGUGAGGAGGAUAUCUGGUCAUCCUGGCGCUACGUUAUCUCUCGAAGAAAUAUGUAUGCAAAUGCGGUGCGGUUAGAGAAUGCCUCGUGGAGGACGUGGGCCAAAGCGAAAUACAAGUUGCGGACAGUGUCGCCGGAGACAUUGAACUGGCUGAAGGACUGCGAUGUAACCUGGCUAUAUGGGCCUCUCCAAACCGAGAAUAAGCAACCAACAGUAUCUAGUACAGGCAGCCGGGUUGGGACCCCUGCUUCGUUCAAGUCCAUCUUGAAGAAGAAGACUGCUUCGGAGAAUAUUUUACAGCGCUCUCUCUCGCAGCAUGUACUCCUCAAGCAUGCCGGUGCAAUUCUAAGGGCACGAGAGGAGGAGACCAAUCGUGGAAGAUCCCCCUUUGAGAGGAGUAUCUCUGACAUGGGUGUGACGCGGACACCCGCGGUUGACUCGGCUUUCAGCUCAAUGGAUACUACCCCGACGAACGCAACUUCGUCAGGUCUUACUUCCCCAGGAGAAAGACGCCACAUUCACUUCAAUAACGAAGUCGUCCAGUGCAUCGCUGUCGAAGCGAAAGGCGCAGAUGACGACUACAACUGUUGGUCUCAUCCGUAUGAUCAGGACGAUGAGUCGGAUGAUGAUGGGCUGGUCAUAAUGAAGCGAUUCUCUUCGAGGCCCCCAAUUGCGAGGAAAAGAGCCCCUACCAGGAGUUCUAGCAGCGAAAGCAAGACGAUAGCCCCAUUGCCUCCGACCACGCUCAAGUACCGCGGCGAUACACCAGAGCUUCCAUCAUCGGAAGGUCCUGCUGGGAUGACUGAGUCUCCGAACCUGACACACACACCAUCAAUGGAGACCCUACGGCCGUCCAAGUCCCAGACCAAUUUCCUUCUUGAUGACGAGGACGAUCUGGAUAUGCAUUGGCAGCCAAGGCAGCCAAUCUAUGCGCCUGGACCGGACCGACCAUGGUUCGUCAACCCGGAAGACGAAGAAUCUGAAAACGGGUGCGAACUCCACUUGACGCCGUCCGGCAUGUUCAUGCCUUACGAGGAAACAGAGGGCUCUUCGUCUGGUCUCUUCGGACGGGUCAUUAACACCGUCAACACUGCGAGAGAUAUCGCUCACGUUAUCUGGAACGUAGGAUGGAGACGAUGAGCUGAUCUCCCGCUAACGGUCCAAGGUCUUUGAAAGGCCGUUAAGUGGCCUGAGCACGAAGUAUGGUCACGCCCGUUUUGAGUUUACCGUUCAGUCUUCGGACAGCAUAUCAAGGCGUUGUUUCGCAACUAUUUUUUUUAUUCUGGGAGGAAA